GUUGGUCUUGUGUUGCUUUCAUCUCUUCCCUUCUUCUUCCCCAGCACUGCUUUUCGUCAAACAAAACCUCAAAGCCCAGCUACCUACUCUUCCCUUCCCCAAGGCACUCCAUGCUCAUCCAUACCUUAUCUACCUAGUCACCAUGUGCUCCGGUCUGUGACCUCACUGACCAUCUCAGCACCCGCAAUGGCAUCCUCGUCGACGACCCCUGCCCCCGUCUCCAAACGCGAUCACGACUCUGCCUCGGCCAAGAUGAGCUCCUCCUCCAACCAGGUGAACAAUGCUGGCGGCAGCACCACAAACGAACUGUUGGAGAAGCUUGCUUCUGUGCUGCCAAAGGACCUCAAGUUCUCGAUCCACCACCUAUCGACACCACCCACCCGCACCGAUGCUCUCUACGUACCUCCUCCGGGAGAGAAACCCGACAAGACAUACUGCGAAAAGCACUUCCUCGCCCUCUCCAUCGAAGCCCCCGUCACUGGUGCUAUGAAGCGGUCUUCCCCUGGCGCUGACGAGGCAAAAUCGACCGAGACGACAACGAAACAAGUCAUCGCCUUCGCCAUCGAGGUGUUCAUCUUUACCACAGCCUUCCAGACAGUCCUGUUCGUCUCCAAGGCCGACUCGACCGGUUAUCUCCAUCUUCUCAAACUACCAAGCGGAGGUCCUUCUCCCAUCAGCCAAGUCAGCUCGACCUUUGUAUCCUACCUCAUCCAACAUCGCCGGCGAAAGAACAUUGUCUCUGUCGUCAACCUCUUCGGCCGUGCGCAGAGCCAGUACCUCUUCCCAGGUAGUGGUGAAAACGAUGGAAUCGGGCCAGGCAGGGAGAAGCACAUUCUUAGCGAUCGGGGUCUCAUCAAGUGGUGGUGUCGUGUUCUCAACCCGCUUCUGGAAGAUCAACGCAAGGACGAUCGGGUCGCAGCUACCAAGGGAUACCUCCUUGUUCCUGGUCUGGAAGAGCGGGACAUGCGCGCCUUUAUUCCGCGGAACGUCACCAGCGCCAACGACUGGGAAAUCGGCCAUCCCAUGGAGACGAUAUCCCACUAUACCCAGGAAUUCGACUGGGUACCACCUAGGUGUUUGAUACCGCGAUAUCCAGACGACCCAAAGUCGCGUUAUCGGGAUGAGCUUGACGAGGAGUCUGCAAAGUGGAAGCAGGAUAUGGGGGCUUGGAAGAGCAUCAGGACAUUGAGCCAGUUCUGGGAUACCAUGGCCUUCAGGCAGGAAUGCUCAUCCGGGCGACUGACAGGAUUCAUUUGGCUGGUCUUUGAUCCCAAGAAGUCGGAAUCAGAAGAGCAGGCGACACAAGCCACGACGGCUUCGGUUGCAACGUCGUUUGCAUCCGCGCCACUCAUGACCCCAACCGGCUCGUUCGAUGCUUCCACCGCCUUCCCUCCUUCCACUCCACCAAAGCGCCGUGCUGAUGUGCCGGCCCGUACGCCACAAGCCAGCCCACUCAAAGCCUCUUUUACAGCUGGAGAGGUUACGAAUUCUCAGCCAGACAUGGCCAAGGAGACCAGCAAGACAGAGAAGGAGAAGAAAAAGAAGCUGAAAGGCCGCAUCACGCCUCGUGUUCCCAAAGUCAAGAAACACCAACGGAAUUACCUCUUCAAGCGACCAAACACCACGGCCUACUACCAUUGGCCGACCGAGGGCCGUGGCGACUUAAUCGUGGACGAGCAUGACUACAAGCGCGUGGUGGAGCUACUGCUGCAGCUUGAUUUUGAGACGCUGGAUAAGGCUUGCAGUGCCACCAAGCGAUGGAUCAGCGAGGCUGGCAUGGGUGCCAAAUGGGGACAUGAGGUUGUUGGGAGGCGGGUCCAGACCGCGACAAGUGCCACUGCUGACCGGGGAAGCGCAGCUCCAGUCAACAAUCUGACGGGGUUGGUGAGGAAGAAGAAGCCGGCUGCUAUCGACAGUGGCGCGGUGGACGUAAAGACGAAUGGGUUAGAGGACCCCUGUACCGAGAAUGGGACAGCAGCAACACCAAGUGAUGCUGUCAACCCACUGGUGCUUGAAGCACCCAAGGUGAAUGUUCUGGGAGCUGGACUGAUCAGGAAGAAGCCCAAAACGUCAGCUUAGGUCCUCAUGAUUACUCUUUUCUUUCUUAGUCUCUAUGAUACCUAUUUGUAUUUGUUUCGUUGGCAUGAUACCUGUUCGGAGACAGCGGAUUGGCGGAUAUGGGGAUGGGGUCAAAUGGAUGGGUGUACAUAACAAGCUGACCAUGGUUUUGUGACGUGUGGAUGGGUCUUGAAUAUUUGAAUGAAUUGACCGUUGAUUAUGAUUCGGA